AUGCACCUGAAGGACUCUGAGACCAUGAGAAACAAAAUUCUCUCGUCUGAUGAAACAAAGUUUGAACUCUUUGGCGUGAAUGCCAGGCAUCAUGUUUGGAGGAAACCAGGCACCCCUCAUCACCAGGCCAAUACCAUCCAUAAAGUGAAGCAUGGUGGUGGCAGCAUCAUGCUGUGGGAAUGUGUUUCAGCGGCAGGAUCUGGAAGACCAGUCAGGGCAGAGGGAAAGAUGAAUGCAGCAACGUACAGAGACAUCCUGGAUGAAAACCUCCAGAGCACUUUUGACCUCAGACUGAGACUUACAGCUAAAUCUCGGAAUAAUCCGUGGCCAAAACUUGCUGAAGAGGAAAGCAGGCGUCAAAGGCAGCUCCAUGUCUGCUUCUAUUGGGAGGCCUCUGAUCAUUUAAUUACUACAGUUCCCUCCACUCCAGACUGGAUCUUGACAAAAUUUAAAUAUCUAGACCGGGCUCCUGAAUUUUCCAUAUUACCCAAAGUUAAAAGAGGUCCACAAGUCAUCAGUAAUACCAGUUUUAAGCCUGCACAGAGAUCACGGUCUAAGGAUGUGUCAGCCGUGUCUGUCUCCCUGAUUCCUACUCAAUGGGUUCUUCAGUCAGACGUGCCCUUGGGUGAGUUUUCUCUUGCUCCUGUGUAUUCAUCUGAUGCUCCAGCAUCUACGUACUUUGAUGGAGAUCUAGCUCAGUUCCAUACUCUGACAGACCAAUACCUCACUAUUAUGGAGUCUAAUCCAUCUAUUGGCAUUACUCCUGCCAAUAUAAUAAAAUAUUUUAUCCUGGCCUUCAGAGUGGAAACUUUAGAUUGGGAUAAUCCUCUUGUUGAAUCCAAUGAUCCAAUACUUCAAGAUUUACAAACCAUCAGUGGCGCAGUUACUGAAAAAUUUUGUCAAAAGCCAGCUCGUUCCAAACUUAUGGAAAAUCAGGUUAAUACGGAUGCUGUUAGUCCUAAAGAAGAUUGGUAUCUUCCUUUAGACUUGGACCCAGACUCUGACUAUGAUCCUGUUUAUGAUACUACUCCCUUCCUAAGAGGACCUAUGUUCUCUGAUAAAGUCUUUGCCCAGGAAAUGGGGAACUGGACUGGUGUGCUGACCAGGUGCUUCAAAGCGUUUUGCCCAUUUCUGGCCUUCCUCUUGGAGAAUGUCCUUCACACUGAUGCCAAGCACAAGUGGGCAGUAUUGGAAAGGCGCAUCUGUGACAGGGAGGCAGAGAGGGUUCCUUCCUACCUAUUACCGGCACAGACUCUGACAGCCACAACAAAGAAGCCAGGACCAGCAGCAGAGGCUCCAUUCUGUGUGGCUACUGGCCUUCUAGUUGCAUGCUAUCAAGGUUACGUGGAUAUUGUAAUAGCUUUAUCACAAUGUCCUCAUGUUGAUGUGAACUGGCAAGACAAUGAUGGGAACACUGCUCUUAUAACAGCAGCACAAGCAGGACAUAUAACAAUCACAAAUCAUUUGUUAAAUUACUUUACUGGACUGGACGUUGAAAAGAGAAAUAUCCAUGGAUUUACUGCAUUAAUGAAAGCAUCAAUUCAAGGCAGAACAGAUUGUGUUAGAGCUUUAAUGCUAGCAGGUGCCGAUAUUCAUGCAGUUGAUCCAAAUCGGGGAUACACAUCUAGAGAAUGGGCAAGAUUUACAGGAAGAUAUGACACAGCCUAUCUUAUGCAGAGAUUGUUGGACAAACCCUCCCCAGAACAAUUUAGUGAGAAAUUUGAAAUGGAGUGGCCUAAAAUGAAGGAGCUCCUAGCCCAAGCAGCAGAACCCAAAACAUGUACACAGAAAAUAUCUGAAUGUAUGAAAUCAGUAUUUACUUUUAGUUAUUUUAAUGAACCUCAAGAAGAUGGAGUCCUUGAUUAUAUGGUUAAAAUUACAACAAGUAUGUAUAGUCCAUUUGUUGCUGUUAGUUGUAGAACUGUAUGUCCAGACAGUCCUCCAUGUGUUGGGAAACGUAGAUACUCUGUGCAGGAAAUCCUGAUAAAACAGCAAGCAGAUAAGACUAGAGGUUCUGACAAUGAUCACACCAAGAAUUAUGAAAAGCUUUUCCAGAACUCUCGUGUGACAGUAAUUCCCAAGAAAAAGGAGAGAAGAUCUAGUCUUCAAACAAAUUCAUCCCUCAGGACUAAUGUAACAUCCACCAGAAAAACAAGCCUUUUACCUUUACAUUUGGUAAGACGGAGCAGCGUUAGGCCAGGAUGUGUAAUUCCAAAAGUACGCAUAAGUAAAGCUCCUACUCCUACCUACUUCCCUGAUAAGACAAGGAAAAGGAGCAGUGCUCAUGACAAAACCUACUUACAGAUACCAAAAUGGCGUUAUAAGGAAAUAAAGGAAGAGAGGAGAAGAGCUGAGGAAGAGGCUCUUCGCAAAUUCGAGGAAGCUGAAAAAUUGAGACCAAAAAAAAUUAUUAUAAAAAGAACUUUCACUUGAAUUUCUAUGCAUGUAAAAGAUAUUAAAAUGAAGACUGUGAAGAUUGUAUAUAUUGAUGAAAGAAAGGCAGAUUGAUGUCUUCAGUGUGAUAAACAUUUUAGCAUUUUCAAACUUUUAUUUAACAUUGUAUAAGAAAUAAAAUAGAAACAAAUGUGAA